CUAAUUUGCAAGCAAGAAACAUGGAACGAAAAGAUUAAGUGGGAUGAAGAUCUUCCUCUUCCCCUAAGUGAGCAGUUUGGGACUUGGUUAAACCAAUUGCCUCUGCUAUCUCAGAUUGAAAUUCCUCGUUGGUUAAAUAUUGAUUACGAAAACGAAGAUACCGUAGUGCUCCACGUUUUUUCGGAUGCUAGUAAAAGAGCCUAUGCCACAUGUGCAUUUUUAAGAGCUGAAACCAUCGAAGGUGUAAAGGUUCAGUUAGUUGCCAGGCUUGCCAAAACAAUUCUAUCAGAUUUGAAACUUAAGAAUUGUAGAGAACAGUGUUUCUGGAGUGAUUCUUCUACAGCUUUGGGGUGGAUAAGAAGGGAUCAAGCAUGGGGUACGUUUGUUCACAAUCGAGUACAAGAAAUAAGAUCGCUUACCAGAAUAUCUGACUGGAGGCAUGUACCUGGAAGUUUAAACCCAGAAGAUCUCCCAUCGAGAGGAUGUACUAUUGAGCAAUUACAGAAAUCGGCAUGGUGGGAGGGCCCAUCGUGGCUUUACUUACCAGAAGACGAGUGGCCCCAUGUAGAAGAAAAGCCUGAUGAAGAACUUAUAAACAAGGAAAAAAGGAAAACGAUUCUGACUCUUCUAGAUCAUGGAGACAAUUUGGACCGGUACUACAAAUACUUCUCUUCAUAUAGAAAAACCAUAAGGAUGAUCGCUUGGAUUUUCAGGUUUUAUCACAAUUUAAAGAACAAAGAUAAAAACCUUACUCCUGAUGUCUCAGUUGAUGAAUUGGAGAAUGCUGAAAAGGCACUUUGUAGAUUGGUACAGAAAGAAUCAUUUACAAGCAUAAACGAUCCCGCUAUUCGUGCGCUGAGACCAAUCGUAGACCAAAAUGGAAUUUUAAGAGCCAAAACGAACGUCCUACAGCGUCAAGAUAAUGAAAAUUUCCGAUAUCCUAUUAUUUUACCUUCAAAACACCUUCUUGUUGAGAGACUAAUUUACGAGAAACAUCUAGAACUCCAGCAUGCUGGUGUCAGCACUUUGAUGACAAAUCUUAGAGAAAACUUUUGGAUAUUAAAAUCCAGAAAAAGUAUUCGAAAUAUUAUCAGAAAAUGUGUAAGAUGUAAAAGAUUUGUUUCACAAAGAGUGGAAGUCGAGCCAGGAUUUCCACCCGAAGAUCGAGUCAGAGAAGGGGCGACUUUUGAAGUCGUCGGUGUAGAUCUAGCGGGUCCUCUCUAUCUCCGUGAGGGGUCUAAAGCGUGGAUAGUCUUGUAUACAUGUGCCAUUUAUAGAGCCAUUCACCUCGAACUAGUUACUUCUCUAUCUACAGAAACUUUCAUCCAAUCUUUACGUAGAUUCAUUGCCAGAAGAGGUAGACCUUAUGUGAUAUAUUCCGACAACGGAACUAAUUUUGUAGGGACUAACAGUGUUCUUAAGAAAGUUAAAGAAACGCCAUAUGUUCAGCUGCUUCUAUCCAAAGGAUACGAUGGAAGUUCAACCCUCCGACCGCCGCCUGGUGGGGAGGUUGGUGGGAGAGGCUUGUGCGAAUGGUGA